AUGGAGGAGGUCGAGAGGCGCAAGGGAGGCCUAGAGCGGGUUGCGGGGGAGAGACUAAGAGUCACCAGACGAUUCCAAGACAGCACAGAAACGGAGGCAAACACCCCUUACUCAUCGUCGUCGCUGUUGUCGUCGCCGUUGUCGUCGACUUUGCUGUCGCCGCCGCCGCCGAUGCCGUACUCGACGCCCAUGCACUCCCCCGCGCCGGUCGCCCUGCCCACCCACUCUCAUGGCAGGCCCGGUCACCGACGCUCCUUCUCAAACCAUGACCGCUUCUCAGACGCCGUCGUCGGCCCCGGCGCCUUCGCCCCCCUCGGCGGGCUUCCAAGGCGCACCAAGGCUGGCGCCCCCAUGAGCCCCGCCCCGGGCCCGUCUACACAGAAACCUCGCGUCUUCCAUAUCAAAUCGUCCGACUCCGAUAGCGAUGUCGAGUCCGACAACGACGGGAGCCCCCCGCCGCUCCAGCUCAAGCCGAAAGCCAACACCUUCCGCCUCACGCUUGAUACCCAAAACGUCCCUUCCAAUGCGCCGCGGACGCAUUCCCCCAUCCCCUUUCCGCGCUCCUCACCCCUCAACUCCCCACAGCCGCUCGCGAAUGCCCCAUCCAUAUCUUCCCCGCGUCCGGCCUUCACGCGCACUGCUUCUAAUCCCCAAAUUAUCCUGUCCAAUGGCAAAGUGCUCAAGUCCUCGCUCAAGUCCUCCUCGAGCAGCCCAUCGAUAGCCCCCGGGAACCAGGUUCCAGCCGCGCCCCCACAGCAUACCGCCCAUAUGCGCGCCCGCUCUGCACCUGCUACGCCCUCUGCCGACAUCUUCAUGUCGACGCCCUCGACGCCCUCCACUCCCAAGAACGUCCACUUCGCCACGACCGAUGCGGUCCGCAUCUUCAACCGCAGCGCGCGCCCCGCCGCCCUCAGCUUUAGCGGCCCCGCCGCCGAAAACGACACGGAGACCGAGACCGAGUCUGAGGCGCAGGGCGGCUACUUUGGAUACUUUGGCGCCAUCAACAUGAUGAAGCAGCACGCCGCCAAGCGCAAGCCGCUGCCCUUCCCCACCGAUGCGGCGCCUCCCAAGCCCGCCGAGCCCGAGGAGCAGACCCACUACGAACUCGACACGAGCGUCACGUCCACGAUCCCCUCCCUUCCGCUACCCUCGUAUUCUCUCCCGACCUUCACGUCCGGCGAUCCUGCCCCGCCACAUCCUGCACACGAACGCAACGUCUACCUCGAGUCACUUGAGCUCGUUUCUCCGCCGCCCGCCGAUCCGAACGACGAGCUGCGCAUCAACGGCACUGUCGUCGUGCGCAACUUGUCCUUCGAGAAGAUCAUCGCCGUGCGCUUCACACUCGACGACUGGAACACGACGAGCGAAGUGCUUGGGAAGCACGUUGAGUCGCUUAUGGCCCUUCCGCCUGCACUGCAGGCGCGUCACUGGGGCGCGCAGGCCCACUCGAUGAAGAGCCCCACGCGGGAGCGCCCGGCGGCGCCGAUGUGGGAUCGCUUCUCGUUCAGCGUGCGCCUGUCCGACUAUGCGCAUAAUCUGGACACACGCGUGCUCUGGCUCGUCGUCCGGUACUCUGUUCCAGGUGGAGGCGGCGAGUGGUGGGACAACAAUGGCGGUCGGGAUUUCCGCGUUGCCUUCCGUCGCGUUACGCACAAGGAGAGCAGUCAGACUGCGGCGGCGGCAAGGGAGAAGAAGACCAGCGCACCUGCGUCCUUCGCCAACAUCUCGUUGCCUCAAUCAUACCAGGCCUCCGGUACACUACCGCAGCCCAUUCAGCCUGCACCGACAGCAGCGCCUCCCGUCCCUCCUGCCACGACAUCUCCGACCGCAUCUGUUAUCGCGCAGCGCCUCAGCAAGCUGAACCUCACAAACUAUUCCAAGCCGAAUAUAAUGGGCUUGCCGAACGCUGGCAGCACCGAGGUCACGCCUACCAACUCGAAGGAGAACUCGCCGCCGCAGUCGAAGGACACGACGCCGAUGGGCUCGAAGUCGGGUAACUCGACAACGGGUCCGGGUACAACGUCGAGUCAGGCGCAGCAUAUCGCCCCGCGCAAGGUCGACCUGCACUGGCCGUGGGGCUCGACGGCGUCGGCCGGCAAGAAGGAGCAAGCGAAGGGCGACGUCUCUGAGUCCGCUGCAGAGCCGUCAGUCAAGGACGACUCGUCGAAGGACUCUCCCCCUGCGCAGAAGUUGCGCGUCCCGCUCCUCCCUCUCGCGACAUCCGCGCACUCGAUCUCUCCCUCCAACAGCACCGCGUCCGAGGAGGACGAGGACGACGUGUUCGAGAAGAGGGCUUCCGACGAGACCCCGCCGACCUCGCCUGUGCUUGAGAAGGGAAAGCUGGCGGAGGAGAAGCUUGUAGUCAACGAGAAGUCCAAGGUCGCCGACGAGAAGACCGUGAAAGACACGGGGAAGUCUUCGUCGCACCCUCACGAUGCCGACAUUGAGCACGUCGAGGACAUCAAGAUCGCCCGCGCGGAGCUCGUCGUGCCCCUCCCGAAGCCGCAGCCCGAGUCUGCGCCCGUCGUGCCCUUGCUUGAGAUCGAGGGCGCGUGCGAGGGACAGUCCGCGGGUCGCCAGCGCUCUGAUACCCUCGACGAUCUGCCUCGACAGGAAGCCGAGCAGGUCCCGCUCAAGGUUGUUGCACCCGCCGAGGCCGUCGACAUCGUAGUUCCGGCGAAGGAAGUCGACAACGAGGCGCGCGCCGUCCGUCAGGCCGUCGACGCCUUGCGUAGCGGCAAGCCGACGAAGGGUACGCUCUUGAUUCCGGGCCUCCCACCUGCGCCGCUAGCAAGCGCUCUGCUCUCUGGUUCGCCCUCGCCGAACGAGUUCUUCACCGCGCCGCCGUCGCCGAGUCAGCGACCGCAGAGUCCGACGUCGAUGUCCAGCAGCAAUGGCGCGCCGUUCAUGUCUCUGGUGGGCGCGGCGCGGAAGGCGUCGCCUCAGUCGUCGUCCCCGAGCACGGGUACAUCAUCUCCGCUCGGCCCGUCGACGCCGUCGGGGCAGCAGAAGCCGUCGCUGCUGUCGCAGGACUCGCUGUAUAACGCGUUCGUGAAGCAGUGGUGUUUCGCGGGUGGGCCUACGCCUGCGGUGGGCGUGAGCGAGCCGAAGGGGGAGGGGGUGGGCAUCAGUAGCCGGGUGGUGGAGUGA